AUGGAAGGUUGUAAUGGUAGUGGAACCAAAUGUGGUUCCUCAGAGUCGCAGAAAGGAUCGCAACUUUAUCGGCCAACUCGUGAACGUAUCAGUGAUAGCAGUGAAGAGAACCAGGACGAUCAACGACAUCGGCAAAUCGUUGGUCUGGAAGAGGAUAAGGCUAGUAGCUUGACUUGCUUGACCGGCCCAUUGAUCAUUUCUGCCGUUGUCAUCAAAUUCUAG